AUGCCCCAAAAACAAGCGAGAAUGAUAUGCUCGCCGUCGUGCACAGUGAGCAGGAGGGGCGGGAUUGCCACCGUGGCGCGCCACCAGCAUCAGGUGACACCCGUGAAGCUGGAAGGUGCAACUUCAGGGAGAGCGUUUUCGGAUGAAGAUAAACUGAAAGCCGUGACGUAUAUUACCUCUCCAGAAGUGUGGCCAACAUUCAAGCUGACACAGACCACAACCUUCACAUAUAUAGCAUGUGUCUUGCUAAAAGGCCGAGUCGACCAUGCUCAAAUUCGUAACUUCUGGCACAACCAAGCUUGGCCAAAGUACAAGGCUGUGCGAGAGCGCCAAGAGCACACUAUUGGAGGUGAUGGAGAUGAAGAUGGAGAGGGAGAUGAGCUUGACAAUGGGAUGAAGCGAAAACGCACAUCAAAGAAAAAAGUGUCGAAGAAGGUACUGGACGAGUUUGAAGCUAGUGAAAUUUUCAGAGCCAUUGACGCUGUCCACGACAUCAACUCGAGCGAGUCUAUCUCAGAUGAUGAGACUCCACCGAAAAAACGAAUGCAUAAGUCAGCAUCAUUUGAGGCCAAUGACACUUCCGAUACCAGCACACUUCUUCGCGACAUGAUGGGAACUAUGGGCGAGCGUCAUAGACGGCAGGCAAAAGUCGACGAAACUAAUCUAGAGGUUGCCAAACUCAACAUGGAGGUCACGUUGAAGCGUGAGAAGCGUGAGCAGGAGGAGUAUGAGCAACGUCAGGCUGACAUUCGAGUGACGAGAGAAGAGGCACGACGCAAGGCACAGCAGGAGGAGUGGCAACAGGCUAGUGAAUUUUUGAAUCAUCCAAACCCUCUGAUACAAGCUCGUGGCCAAAAAAUGGCAGAGCGACUGACAGCAGAGGACACUAGUUCAUAG